GGGCGCAAGCGACAGUGUGCAAAGAGGGACGUCAGUAUGGAUGGGUGGCAGGCGGUUUGCAGGUCUGCAGGGGGUGAGGGUGGUGGCCAACGGGCCGGGCAGAGCCCGUCUAGAGGUUCAAGGGCAGUGGAGCGGUCGGAGUACGCGCACCUGCCACCGCACUUGCAGCCUUUGCCGGACACAUCGGACGAGGAGGAGGACCACAGACAUUCACGUGCCGUGCCGCUGGGAAGCGGGUCUACGAAGGAGUGGAAGGCCACAGAGCUUUGUGGAGGCCACGAGCCCAGUUGCAGGCAGUCGUACACCCAGCUCCUCCGGCAGGGCCUGAGCGGCGACAAAGGAGAUGCAGGCGUGAAUCUGACGUUCGGUCUGUGCAGUGGGAGGUCGUCGUCUUUGACACGGACAGUGCUAGUCGACAACCAUCUCGAUGACGACGGCGGCCAGGUGACGGCUGUUGCACGACCGUCGAAGUCUCCAUCGUCCACGGUCCGCGUGGCAUCGGGGACCAACAGGGAUCCUCGUACGCAGCAAUACAGGGCGCCGUCUACUUCAAGGGGUGCCUCUGCUCGGCCGUCGUGGAUGUUGUCCCCGUCUCCCCUGUCCGACAAUUCGAGUGCGGCUCGCAAUCGGGGGGGGGGGGCGGGGAGCACGAUUGAGGGAUCGAGGAAAGAGGCUGAAGAAGGUGGGCGUGGAGAGGGAGGCAGAACGGUGCGGGAAGAAGUGGGACAAUUUGAUGCAGCAAUUCAAGAAGGUGCACCACUUCCAAGGCUUGUCCGAAAACAGGACUUCUUCCAGUUCACAGGGAAGGAGCGGUUGUCGAAGGGCUUCAGUUUCAACAUGGAUCGUGCGGUUUACGACGAGAUCCUGGGGUCGACUGCCAAGAGCCACACCAUUAACCCCAAGAACGUCGCAGACACUGGUGCUUCGGGGGGUAUGCGUCUGCCGUCGGCGAGUUCUGCUGAUCCGGAGUCUGUCGGGGAUCGGGACGCUGCUGUAGGGCUGGACGACGAUGACGACGGGUCGACCAAAGGUUCUUCUCAGACGACGGGAGGCCCUGCUGGCUUCGGCAAGAGGAAGAGCACGAGGCAGCAAACUUUCGAUGCUCUGUCGGAAUGCAUGGACAAGCACGGGGCUCUGGUGGCGUCGACGAUGGAAAGCAACAACAAUUGGCAGUGUUCAAUCCAAAUCCGGCAGUGCGAGGCAUUGGAAGCGGAGGUGGAGGUGCAAAAGAAACACUACGCUGCGUCCGACGAAGAAGCGCGGCUGUAUCUUGUGGCGGUGGCGCGGGGUGUUCAGCCUCCUGCGAUUCGACGCAGCAUCGUCCUGCCACACACCACCAUCCCGCAGCACAAAAUCGACGACAAAUCGGAGUUCAGCGUUGCGCAAGACAGGGCGCUGAAUGUGCAGACCAUCGCUCUGCGGGUGAUCCACGGGUGGGUGUUCAAGUCCGCGAGCAGGCAACGGGGUUACCACGUUGCGUACAUGUACACGCUGAACCAUGCGGCGACUGACAUCGCGCGCGCAAUCUGGAUGGGGGAAGACUGGCGUGUGUGUGUGAGCCCCAUGGUUUUCCACACUACGCUUGACAUGGACAUGAAGCUGCCACUGUGGUUCGUCGGCGCUUACAUCGAAGACAGGCACGAGGACGACGAGCUGGCGGUGUAUCAGGAAGCGAGCGACCAGAGACUGGUGGGUGCGUUCACGAGCGCCGUGAGCACGACGGAGGGAGUCGACGACGGUCGGGUGUCGCAUGAGAGGCUGAAGCGCGUAGCCGAGGCGAUGCGGGUAAUGCUCGCCGCGACGAUGUGGCUUAUGCGGAUGGGCGGUGACGAUCGUCGCGCCCAUUACGACGCGUGGGUAUUCGUCCAGCUGACGGCGAAACCCACAUUAAUCACAUCCAUGCAUCGCUCGUUCGACGCGCGUCGCCACAUCGUGCAGGCCGCAACUGCCAGCACGGACAAGCUGGCGAAACCCCUGAUCGCCUUGCUGGCCCCUCCAGUGUACAUCCCGGACUGGGCGUCAAUCGGCGUGAAAUUCUCGCACGACGCCACUUUGUCUUCCCCAAUGGAGGCUCAAAAGCUCGAUUGGUUGGGCAAAGGGCCACCGGAAGACGGAGAUGACGCCGCUGUCAACGACGAUAUGAGCGAGGGGGGUUCAUGAUGCCUUUGGGUGCACAGGGACAGGUUUGAUGAGGUGGGUGCAUGUGUGCACUUUCGUGUAGAAUUAGAACAGGGUGUGCGCCAAGGUUUGCUGCUAGUGCGGACGACGUCGGUGGUCAUUAGGGUUGGACGUUUCUAUGUUCGGUGUCACAACAGC